UUCUCUGGAGAAAGAGGAGACUCGGGAGAGAAACAAUUUGCUGAACGGUGGGAGAUGGUGAGCUCAGUGACGACGCUGCUGCUAUGUAGUCUUCUUCUUCUCGGAACCCUAAGCGCGAUUCAGGCCAAAAAUUCCAAGGAGAAUUUAAAGGAGAUCACACACAAGGUUUAUUUCGAUGUUGAGAUUGAUGGGAAAGAAGCUGGUCGUAUUGUCAUGGGUCUAUAUGGAAAGACCGUCCCUAAAACUGCAGAGAAUUUCCGAGCUUUGUGCACAGGGGAGAAAGGAAUAGGUAAGAAAGGGAAGGCUCUACAUUACAAGGGGAGCUCAUUCCAUAGGAUCAUACCAAGCUUUAUGCUCCAAGGAGGCGAUUUCACCGAUGGCAAUGGUAUGGGAGGAGAGUCUAUCUAUGGUGAGACGUUUGCUGAUGAGAACUUCAAACUCAAGCAUACUGGUCCAGGGCUUCUAUCAAUGGCAAACGCCAGGCAAGACACCAACGGAUCUCAGUUUUUCAUCACAACAGUGACUACAAGCUGGAGCGGAAGACUCAAUACAUGGCGGAGUUAGAACACAAGGUGCAGACCCUUCAGACUGAGGCCACUACAUUAUCUGCUCAGCUCACGCGUUUGCAGAGAGAUUCAAUGG